AAUUCAUAGAUCAGCACGGUGCCACAGCUGCGCCUCUCUGUGCGCACUGGAAAGUCUCAUGGCGAUGUGAAGGCAAUUCAUUUUCAUGCCUGCACACCUUUCCCAUUGAUCCUCUUUCCGGUAUACCUUUGGCUCUGCGUUGAUAUCUGCGUAGUUUGGUGUUCAUAAUCAUUUGUCUCUGUCUCCCUGCACAGAUCCCUCCCCUCUCUUCAGACUCCCUCCCUCCCUCCCUCCCUCCUCCGUGCGCUGACAUAGUCACUCUCACACUUGCGCACGCACACGCGCGCUCACACAAACGCGUCUCCCCCGCACACUCCCCUCCCCGUCCUCUGGUGCUGUCUCAUUCACUCCAGCACUCCAUCCACGCACUGACUCCAACUUGAAGCAAGGGGGGGCGGGGUUGGAUAAAUAGCUCCAAGAGGAGGCCACAAGCUACACUGAGACUGGACCCACUUGCAGUGCAAAGACCACAAGCAAGAAGACUCCGAAGCCGGGAGUAGAAGUACCAACAUUUUAUCCUGGAGCUUAGAGAGAAAAAGACAACCGAGACCACAGCGUUUGCUUCUACGGACUGUCUGCUGGAGCUCCGAUAUAACCAAUUUGUCCUUUCGCUAUACGCCAGUUUCUCUGGAUAUAGCAGCUAAACACAGUUGGUAGUAAACUCUUUGGAGUUUGAUAGAGUCACUUUAUUUUUUCUUUGCUUGUGAGAGUGGACUGCACUGAAGCUUGGGAUCGACCUGUCCGGGUCGGGCUUGGACCUGGCGCGUUCUUUCGGCGGCUUCAAACACUGCGAAAGUUUUGGCCAGAGCGCCGACCCGAAGACUUUGAGUCGAGUCAGACUUUGAGAUCAGCAGCUGCUACCCGAGUCCAGAUCCGAACCAGCUGGACGAGAGGUUAGAGAGCCACUGACGAGACUUCAAAGAAACGUUUUCAAGCUCCCUCUCUGGUACAGACAUGACAUACUGUCUGAAACACUAAAAAGUAUAAAUCCAACAGUUCUUCAGAGAGGUUGUGAAGAUAAUUAAGAGAUCUGAAACAAGUGCAGUAACUUGCAACAAAGAAGUCAAAGAAACCACCUGGUAAAACCAGCAGUCACAGAUACAACAACUUCAACACCGUCCUCAAGCUAAGCCGACCCAAUGGCGUGGUCAGCUCUUACCGGCCCCUGUGUGGCCCUGAUCCUGCUCUUCUUCGGUUUGACUUCCUGCACUCCCUCCGGCCCUGCCUCCGCCACCUGUGCCACCCUGGAACAAAGCCGCUUCUUCGGUGUAUUCUCCUCUACGACCACCCUGCCAUCCACACCGUGCUCCUGGACCCUGCAGAACCCCGACCCUCGCCGCUACACCGUCUACAUGAAGAUCACCAAGCCCACCGACUCCUGCGUGCCCCGCCAGAUCAGAACCUUCCAGUUCGACUCAUUCAUUGAGACCUCCCGUACCUACCUGGGCAUGGAGAGCUUUGAUGAGGUGGUCAGGCUGUGCGACGCUUCAACCACUGUCACCUACCUGGAGUCUAGCAAGCAGUUCCUUCAGAUCCGCAAGGUUGCCCCAAGAAAUGGCCUGGAGAUCGUGCAGGGGGAGAACGAUGUCAGUGAGUUCAAGGCUGAGUUUCUGGUCGUGGGAAAGAGGAACCCGAGCAUGCCUGCUUGCCAGAUGCUGUGCCAGUGGCUGGAGAAGUGCCUGUCCAGUAGCACCCAUGAUUAUCCCUGCGGCAUCAUGAACACACCCUGCCAGUGCUGGGAGGCCCCAAAGAGGAAGCCAGGAAGCUGCUACAGGGGUGGUGUCUACGUUGAGAAAUGCCUUCCAGUUCCCAGAGACAACGGACGUGACGCUGAGAUUAUCAAGGGCUGGGCCGGUUGGGGCCGCUGGUCUGUGUGCAGCCAGGAAUGUGGCGGCGGAGUCCAGGUGCGCAGCCGAACCUGCCAGCCCGAGGAUGGCGUGUGCGAGGGAACAGUUGAGGAAGGACGUGCCUGCAACCCUCAGCCCUGCAUCGGCAAAGAGCGCAACAGGAGCCAGGGUCUGAGGGCCAUCAUCGGUUUGAAGAGAGACAAUGCUGAUGAUGCCAACCAUGGUGUUGUUGCCACCCAAACAGUAGAUGCUAAAACCGAUGAGUGGUCCCCCUGGAGCUCAUGCUCAGUGUCCUGCGGUGAAGGUUGGCAGAGCCGAACCCGUGUCUGUGCCACUUCCUCCUUCACCACCCAGUGCACCGGACCCCUGCGUGAGAACCGACCCUGCAAUAACACCGCUGUCUGCCCCGUGGAUGGUGCUUGGGAUGAGUGGACCCCCUGGAGCUUGUGCUCAUCCACUUGUGGUCGUGGUUAUCGUGACCGUACUCGCAUAUGCAAGCUGCCCCAGAAUGGAGGAGAGCCUUGCCGCGGCCCUACAAGACAAACCAAGUUCUGCAACAUUGCUGUCUGCCCCGUGGACGGAUACUGGAACGAAUGGUCUGCCUGGACUGCAUGCUCUGCUUCCUGCUCCAAUGGUACCAUGCAGAGGACAAGAGAGUGCAACGGGCCAUCCUACGGGGGUUCAGACUGCCACGGUAGCUGGAAAGAGUCAGCCAACUGCUUCCUGAAGGAGUGUCCCGUUGAUGGACGCUGGCAUGCGUGGACCACAUGGGGCAGCUGCAGCAAGACUUGCGGUGGAGGAAUCCAGCAGAGACAGAGAAUCUGUGAAGGGCCUUUCUUUGGAGGAGAACCUUGCCCCGGUGAAUCUGGAGAACAGAGGCGCUGCAAUGAGAAGAGAUGCCCCGAGCCCCAUGAGAUCUGCCCUGAACAGAACACUGGCGAUAUUGUGUGGAAGAAAACCCCCGCUGGAGACAUGGCUGCCAUCGCCUGCCCUGCUGACGCUUCAGGUCUGAUUCUGCGUCGGUGCACCCUUGACGCUGUAGGCCUCGCCUCCUGGGAGAACCCAACUCACAUCAAGUGUGUCUCCAAGAACUAUGAGAACAUUCAGAUGCUGUCAAAGGACUACAUCUCCAAAGCUCAAAUGGGACAAAGUGUGGAUGGAGUCGCUGAGGUGAUUUCUCGCCUGAGAUUCUCCUCUGAUGAAGGCGCCAGGUACAGCGGCGACCUCUUGGCCGUCAUGGAAAUCCUGAAGAACACCACUGAACUGUACAAGGGAACCAGGCUGAGGCUGAGCAACGCUGAUGUGGAGAACUAUGUCCAGACCGUCAGCAACCUACUGAAGGAGGAACAUCGUGACAAAUGGGAAGAGGCACAGCUGAUGGGUGCCAACAUUAAAGAGUUCCUCCGCCUUGUCGAGGACUUUGUGAACAUGAUCGGUAUGCAAAUGAGCGGCUUUCAGGACAUUUAUGAAGUCACCGAGAAUUUAGUGCUGAGCAUCCACAAGCGCCCAACAACCAGUAGCUCCAACUUCACCUUCCCUGUCAAGGGCUGGAGAGGGAUGCUGGACUGGGUCAGAACCUCUGAGGAGAAGAUCUCCGUGUCCCGCGAUGCUCUGUCUAUUGAGCAGACUGAUGGCAAUGAUGCUUUUGUGACCGGCAUUGUCCUCUACAGAAACCUCGCUUCUAUUCUGUCCUUCCAGAGCAACACCACCCUGAUCAACUCCAAGGUGGUGUCGGUAAUCGUCAAGCCCAAUCCAACUCUCCUGUCGUCCCCCGUUGAGAUCGAGUUCCCCCACCUAAACAACGGCACUAUGAAUGAGACGUGCCUCUCAUGGGACGAAAGUGAAACUUCCUCUCUGCUUGGGUCUUGGUCUGCUCGGAGCUGCAGAGCGGUCCCCGUUCAUUCAUUCAGAACCAAAUGCGUGUGUGACAGCCUCUCCACCUUCGCCAUCUUAGCGCGCGUCAACUUCGACUCGAUCAUGGACAAGGCACUGCUCCCAUCCGUGACUCUCAUCGUUGGCUGUGGGGUCUCCUCCCUCACCCUGCUGCUCCUCAUCAUCAUCUAUGUCUCCGUGUGGAAGUACAUCCGCUCAGAGCGCUCCGUUAUCCUUAUCAACUUCUGCCUCUCCAUUAUAUGCUCCAAUGCCCUCAUUCUUGUCGGACAAACUCAGGCUCGCAACAAGGUGGUGUGCACUCUCGUGGCUGCUUUCCUGCACUUCUUUUUCCUCUCCUCCUUCUGCUGGGUGCUGACAGAAGCUUGGCAGUCCUACAUGGCUGUCACUGGUCGUCUGCGCAACCGCAUCAUCCGCAAGCGCUUCUUGUGCUUGGGUUGGGGCCUUCCUGCUCUGGUGGUGGCUGUGUCUGUGGGUUUUACCAAAGCUAAGGGAUAUGGCACCGUCAACUACUGCUGGCUGUCUCUUGAGGGUGGACUCCUCUACUCUUUUGUUGGCCCCGCUGCCGCUGUUGUUCUGGUUAACAUGGUGAUUGGUAUUCUGGUCUUCAACAAACUGGUGUCCAAGGACGGCAUCACCGACGUGAAACUGAAGGAGAGAGCCGGGGCAUCACUGUGGAGCUCUUGUGUGGUUCUGCCCCUCUUGGCCCUCACCUGGAUGUCUGCUGUCCUGGCCAUCACCGACCGCCGCUCUGCCCUCUUCCAGAUCCUCUUCGCCGUCUUCGACUCUCUGGAGGGUUUCAUCAUUGUCAUGGUGCACUGCAUCCUGCGUAGAGAGGUUCAAGAGGCAGUAAAGUGCAGAGUAGUUGACCGCAAAGACGAUGGAAAUGGAGACUCUGGCAGUUCCCAUCACAAUGGCCACACCCAGCAUAUGCCGUCUGAUAACGAAAAGGAUGGAGAUUCAAGCAGACAAGGAAUGAAGAGCUCCUCCGAGGAGAAGAUGCCCCCUCCUCAGCUGCCUCUCCCCAUGGGAUCCAACUUCCACACCCUGCCAUCCAACCCCAGCAAGAGUCACAUGCAGGCUGUUCCUGAAUACUCCAGCCACACCUUGACCCUGAAGAGAGAGAAAAGCCGGCUGGCAGGAGGAGUCGACCCAUCCUGUGGGAAACCCGUGUACGUGUGUGAAGGGGAGCUUUUCCAGCAGCUAGAUGCCGAUCUUGCUCGGGUUCAGGCUGAAGGCGGUGUCCCCGAUGGCAGCGGCUACGUCCUCAUGCCCAACACCACCUCCACCCUGAGGUCUAAGCCCAAAGACGACCCGACGAAAUACAACAUCAGCGUUGAGCAGCUCCCACAGGCCAGACUCAUGCACCUCGGUGGGCCCUUCGCUGAGCCCCAGGCUGCCUUCGGGAUGAAGUCCAUCCCCCCCGACCAGGUCAGCGUGUCGUUUUCAGAGAGAGACUCACCCAUCCAGAACAUCCACAACAUGUCCAGCGAGUCCCACAUCACCCACAGCAGCCUGGAGAACACCUUUGAGUCCAUGAACUCCAUGAUGUCCAAGAGUGAGACGAUCUCUACUCUUUCCAUGAGCUCCCUGGAGAGACAGAAAUCUCGUUAUGCUGAGUUGGACUUUGAGAAAAUAAUGCACACCAAGAAACGCCACCAGAACAUGUUCCAGGACCUUAACAGGAAGCUACAUCAUGCUGAGAAAGACAGAGAGUCUCCUGCUUCUGACAGCAAGUCUGUGAGAUGGAGUGUGUCUUCAGGAGGAAGUGACAAAACGAACCACAGCGACAAACAGCAGGCUCCUCUGGAGAGGCCAUGGGAGGGAGUCCGGGGAAUACCACAGUCACCCCCUGCAUGGGUGCGCAAAGACCUGGAGCCCCUAGCUGCCUCGCCUCUGGAGCUGCAUUCUGUGGAGUGGGAGAAGAGCAGCACCACCAUCCCUCUGGUGGGGCAGGACAUCAUCGACCUGCAGACAGAGGUCUGAGGGGGAGGAGGGAGGCUAGCGAAAGCCACCUGAUUUCACCUUAGUCACCUUUUUGGUUUGGGAUUGGGAUCCUUUACGGAUAGUAUGGCGGAAGCCAAGAGAGGGAAGAAGUGAGAAAGUAGGUCCCAGAAUCAAUGUCUUCAAACCCUCAGCCAGAGCAGGAAUGAAAGGAGAGAAUGAGGGAUGGAGGAGGAGUGGAGGUGUUGGUGAUGUUUAAUGUAGCUUCUCUGUGUGGACUUACCAGCACCUCUUGUCUGAGUGCUCUAAAGGUCAAAGGGUUAGUGGAGCAAUCAGCGGUGUCCAUGGACCAGGACUGUCUGUGGUUCCAUUAGCGCUUCACUUGGAGUGAACCCUGCAGCCUGGGUUUCAGAAGAUGUGGUCGACAUGUCUGUGCUUCUUUUUUCCUUCAACUCAACAUUGGAGAAAAAAUUAAAUACUAUUGAAACGGUGCGUCCUCCCUGCUAUUCGGGAGGACCAGCCGGAACUCUUGGCUAUUCUUCUUCCAGCCAAGUUACCUUCCAAAACAGGACAAGGCAAGAGAGCAUAAGGGACCAGUUUCAUGCUCCAGUACUCUGCACUUAUUAGAUGAGCGCAUACAUUUUGUUUCUGAGCAGUGGAUUAGCUUAUUAUUUACAUUACUUUCUCCAGUUUUUGUGUCUGCACCACUUCACACCUGGAACUGCUACUCCAGAGCCAAAAAUGAGACUCUAUGCUGAGAAUAUUACUCAAGCUUAAUCAUGCUGAUAGUGCUUCUCAUUGUUGUUAUCACCAUAGUUAUUACUAUUACAGUGAUUAUUGCUAAUGUUAUGAUUAGCUCUGUUCUUGUUGAGUUUCUAGACUUUGUUUUGAUUUUUCAUUCCCCUCAUGACUGUCAGGCACAAGAUUUAUUCUUCAAAACAAAAAAAAAAGGGAUUUAGUGCAUCCAUAAUGUGUUGUGAGCCCAUAUGGACUGCAUCGGGAAAAACAUAGGUGGUGGUUAAUUAUCCAACAUUUCCUGGUUCCUUCAGUAUUCUGCUUUGAUACCAAAACACCAGCACCAGGAUGAACACAGACUCUCACAUAGGAAGAGCAGUGCACUCUGGGAAACGCUGGAUGGAAACGUGAGGAGGCGGGGCAUACAGCCCCUCUCUCAGCUGGCACAAGAUGCAGGCUCUUCCAUGUUGCACAUGUGGAUAUAAAGGGUCAGCGUGACCUUUCAUCAUCGCCCUUUUGUUUCUCAGCCUUGCAGGACUCUUGGACUGAGCAGAGGCUCCUGGCGCUGAUUUGACUUCCUGUGCAGCGUCAGGUCCUCGAGACUUCAACACAUUUGUGUUUUAGCCAUCAGUGUGAAAUAGUGCAAUAUGAUGGGCGCUUGAUGCUCAAGCAAGACUGAUACUAUGAUUUAGGCAGAGUUUUUUCUUACCAAUGUUUCAAAACUUUUAUACCAUCUUCCUCAUAUUUACAGAGCAUAUAGAUGCUUUAUGAGAAUAUUGUAUAACAAAUCUGUAUUAGUAAUUCAAAGAAUUUAUUCACUAGAGAUUUGUUAGCACAAGACUCCAUAUUUGGAGCUCUAUGUGACAGGUAGAUAAUUGUGCUUCUAUAAAGCAAACAUUAUAUAGAAUGAAUGAUAGCUUAUGAAUAUCUCCUAACUGUGCUUCAGGAUAUUUGUCAUUACUCUCUUCGCUAUGUAGCGAUGGGUAAUUGAUCCUCAUCUCUCCUGUAACAGUGUGUUACUGUAACCUCAUCAGUAACUCAGCAGUAUGUACUACCAGCCAGUUCCCCUGUCCUUUCAGAUUUCUCUGUCCAGCCCGAUUCAUACCUCAAGUUACUUGUAUGGAAUACCCAUUUGUACUUUCUUGUCACAACGUUGUUUUUUAUGUUCUGUUUUACCUCCUGUAAAUGUACAGUUUUCACAGCACAAAAUGAAUGUGACAUAUUUCUAAUAAAAACACAUCUAUAUUACA